GUAGCUGUGGAGAUCGCGAAGAAUCAUAUAUGUAUAUAUAUAUAUACAUAAAUAUACAUAUAUAUAUGAUUUUUUUUUAUUUUAAAAUUUAAUUUGUCAACCAAUUGUAAGCAAAUCUUGCAUUAGUGAAAUAUGAGAGUAAUAACACCGAAUUCAUGUACUGUAUUCUGUAUUUACACAUUUAUGUGGUCAGUGUUUAUAUCCAGAGGUCAUAUGUCUGAGGCAAAUGACUCAUUAAUCAUUUUACCGGGCGUCAAACUAACUCCCAUUGAGAAUGGAGUGACUAUUAAAAUCAACGGUGAACCGUUCUGGGGAGUCGGAAGAACAGGCAGUCAUGAUAAUGACACACCAAACGGAUCCACACAGAAACGUCCGACCAUUCUGCAGAGGCUUGGCGCCAUGAUGAUGAUGGUGCCUCUGGUGAUGCAGUUACUUUCGUUGCCUGGUGCCAUUGCCUCGAUCAAGUUAUCUCUUCUGAAGAGUCUUCUCGUGGGGAAGAUCGCUCUAAUCGUAAUGUUGUUCAAUCUUUUGAGGAGUCUGCAACCCCCGGAGAUUUUUGUGGUGCGUCAGCCACCGCCCCUCCACUAUAAUCACUAUUAUUCACCCUACGGGGAUGAUGAGGGUGACAAGGGCUGGUUCACCUCACGAUAAAUAUUAAUACGUCAAUUCGAUCAGGGCAUAUGUAAAAAACUUGAAUUAAAAAGUUGACGAAAACAUCUUCGUCGUCAUGAAAAAAAAAUAUUUCAGAUUUUAAUACACUGAUUUUAUUAGAUUAAUCCCUAAAAUAAAUUAGUCGGCAAUGUACUUAAUUUUUCAAAGGAAGGGAGCGAAACGGGGUACUCCGUGAUUUUCUACUUCGAAUCCGUGAACAAUUUGAAAAUAACCCUCUUUUAUGCAAUUUUUUUAUAUUUACUCCGGUGGUGGGGAUUUCUAUUGGAAAAUAUAAUUUAAUAUUGCGAAAAUUUAUUUGUCAGGUGCAUCUUUUUUUCAUAGCUGAGUCACGGUAUGUGUAAGCAUUUAUAUCACUGUUUAACUGCCCGGGCACAGCUGACGUCGGUACAGAUGUCCCACUUUUUCGAUGCUAACGGCAUUUCGGUCCAGAUUACUUUAACCGGCUGAAUAACAGGUAUCACAAAAUUUCUCUCUCGUUAAAAUAACCCAGGAUCGAAAAUGAAAACAUUCAUGCCGAUUACUCUCUACAAUGGGAGGUAAUCAAUCAUUAAAAUUAUUCAAACAUGUAGUGAGUUUGAAGAACCCGCGGUCAGGGUGAAGGAAAAUUGUACAAUUGUAAAAAAUUACGAUGCGAUGAAAUCAUCAAAGACUGCCCAAAGCAGGACAAUUUGUUGGCAAAAACAAAAUACUUGGAUGACAAAAUAUAAAGGAAAAAAUUCCAAACAUGAAAAGGCAACCUCUUCAAUAGUUUUUCUUGAUUAAUCAAGUUUUCAUGCAAUAAAUUAUUAUUAUUUUCAUAUGUACGUAACUAUAAAAAAAACUUCUAUGAGAAGGAAUCGGUGGUAAGAUACUUUAUGUUAUAUCUUGACUGUCGUAUUCAUGUCUAUUGAUCAUCUCCGGUGAAAUCGAACUAUAAUUCAAAUAUAGUCAAUUGACCAAAAUAAAAUUGUUCAUACCGAUUCAUUAGUCGUUCAUUAACACUCGAGUAUUACCGUAUGACUUGGAAUUAUCCAUAACCCUGAUUUCACCUUACAGAAUAUAGGAAAUGCCAGGGUAAAAAUCAGCGAGAAACAUGACUUUUGAAAUGAAACAACAGAUAUUGCAUUUCGUCGGUUCUCAAAUGUUCUCUCACUAACAGGUUUCUUUAGUUUAUUACCAUUUUUAUAACUGUACUCACUCAAAAUACUGAGGGAAUCGAGAUGAUCCGACAUGUUCUCUGCGUAUCGAAAAGUAUUUCAGAGAAAACUUCUCCUACAUUUGGUGGGCUUUGCUACUGAAUUCUAAUCAGCAAAGUUUUGUGGGUGAUUAUAGCCAUAGCCAUAUGCCAAUAGAAAUCUGACAGUUGCCACUCUGGGGGGUCUCGCUCGAACAUAUUUAUUGUUGACUAAACAAUUUCUCUUAUAUCUGAGGCAAUUUGAGUUCCCUAUAAUUUAUAUUAUGAGGUGAUG